AUGUUGUCAGAUAUUGCAUGUACUGCUUGGCAUGCUAUGGAAUUAGGAGAAGUCAAACAAGGACAAACUGUAGCAUUAUGGGGUUGUGGUCCUGGAGGACUUAUUGCUAUUAUGUGGGCUAAACAUCGAGGCGUCAAAAGAAUUAUUGCUAUUGAUCAUAUACUAAAACGAUUAGAAAAAGCAUAUGAAUUAGGUGCAGAAACUAUUAAUUAUGAUGAACAAUUAGUUAUUCCAACAAUGUUAGAAAUUUGUAAAGAUGGUCCAGAUGUAUGUAUUGAUGCAACAGAUUUUCGAUAUGCAAAAGAGACAAUACAUAAAAUUGAACGUUUAUUAAGAUUAGAAACAGAUGCAACAUCUGCAAUUUUUGACGCUAUUUAUUUGGUUAAGAAAUUUGGUAAUAUUAGUGUUAUUGGUGAUAUUAUGAAAUUAUUAUUACAAUAUAUUUUGGAUGAACAAAUCGAUUUAACUAAAGUUAUAACACAUGUUUUGUCUUUAGAAGAAGCUCUUCUUCGAUAUCAAUUAUUUGAUGAAAAAAAGAAUGAUCGUAUUAAAGUUAUUUUAAAACCUCAUAUAGAUUCAUUUCAAUAG